AUGAUCCAGAUCCCGUUCGACGCGGGGCUCGCGUUGUCGCUGCAGGUGGUCCGGUUCGCGUGCGGGGGGUACUCGUUGACCGUCGGCACCAACCACCUCCUCGCCGACGGCCGGGCGCUCAUCUUGCUGCUCAAUAGCUUCGCGGAAAUGGUCCGCACUGGCGGGGGACUCUCCCGCGGGCCGCUGCUCGACCGGUCGUCCCUGCUCGUCCCGCGGUCGCCCCCGCGGUACAGCUCGUCGCUGGACGCCGAGUUCGCGAGGUUCACGCCGGAGACCAUGAUCAAUCCCCUCCUGGCCGCGGCCAUGGAGCGGCGCGUGUACCGCAUCGGCGCAGCCGACCUCGUUGGGCUCCAGAAGGCGGCGUCCCCAGGCGGCGGCCGCCGCACCUCGCGCUUCGUGGCGCUGUGCGCGCACGUCUGGAAGCUCCUGGCGCGGGCCGUCGGCGACUCCGACCCCAACUGUCGCAUGGCGUGGAUCCUCGAAGGCCGGAAGUGCAUCGAGCCGUCGGAGGGCGCGCUGGACAUGUACAUGGGGAACGUGGUCACCUACACGUCCCGCGAGGCGAGCGUGGCGGAGCUGCUGCGCGCGCCGCUGCACGACGUGGCGGCCGCCGCGGGCGCGGCCAUGGCGUGGGUGAUGACCAGGGACAGGUUCCAGGAGCUGGUGGACUGGGUGGAGGUGAACAAAACGGCGUACAAGGACGGCGGGAAGUGGACGGAGGCGGUGAACCUCGGCCUGGGGAGCCCGGCGCUGGUGAUCUCCGGAAUGCUCCCGUUCGCCAUCGACGGGGACCUGGGGUUCGGGAAACCGAGGAUGGUGUCGCCAUGGCUGCGGCACGGCCGGCUGGGGUCGGCAUCGAUGAUGGCGGUGCCCUGCCCGAGCGGGGAUGGGUCGUGGUUCAUCGGCGGCACCAGGCUAUGGCCGCGGCUGGUGGAGGUGAUCGAGGCCGGCCCGGAGAGCCUGCUGAAGCCGCUGACGGCGGCGAGCUAA